AUGGACACCCGCCUGAAGGACCGCAUUACUAUCAGUACGUAACGCUCUUGAGCCUAUUGGUCGCAAAAGAAAUACUAGGAGCUAAUCCAAUUUCGGUGGCGCAGUCACUGGAGCGAGCUCAGGCCUCGGUAAAGGUGAGAUAAAGAAAUCACCGACAAUGGAGCAGUACAUUGAACAAAAUCUAUACAGCCACUGCUCUGAAGUUUGCCAACGCUGGCGCACGCAUUGUCUGCGCGGAUCUGAAAUCCAUUGGGCUGGAGGAGAGCAUCUGUUCCGAGCAUGGAGCCCACCGAGCCACAUUUGUGAAAUGCGAUGUCACCAAGGAGGAAGAUGUCAAGAAUCUAGUCGAAGAGGCUGUGAAAUUUGGUGGAAGAUUGGAUAUCAUUUGCAACUACGUAAGAAAGCACCUCAUUGAGCCUGGAGAGUUGGCAUAUCGCUGAUAGGAGACUCAGGCCGGAAUUGCUCUCGAAUGCGGCGACAAGUAUCAAAUGCAGGCGCGAGCCCACGACCUUGCUACUGAGCAUUUUGAUCUCGAGCUGAAGGUCAACAUGCGAGGCGUCUGGCUUUGUUGCAAGUACGCGCUACAGCAAAUGCUCAAGCAAGAACCACGGGAACCCAAUGCACGAGGAGAGAGAACGCGAGGGUGGAUCGUGAAUGCAGCUAGUACGCUGGUGAGCCAAGUUUCCCGUCGACGUGCACGUCCUCGACACUUUCCAUUGACAGCUGCCAGGGCCUGGUGGCGCACACAAACGUUCCAGCAUACUGUCCCUCCAAGUUCGCCGUCGUGGGGAUGACGAAGCAGAUGGCCCUCGACUAUGCCAAGGACAGAAUCCAUGUGAACGCAUUAUGUCCUAGUUUUGUGGCAACGCCUCUCAUUGAGAAUUUGACUUCCGAUGCAGGCACUGCGAGGCAUAUGGCAGGCGCGCAUCCCUGGGGCGAAUUGGGUAGGCCGGAGGAUGUUGCUGAUGCGGCGAUGUUUCUAUGCAGUGACGAGUCGUAAGUCCUAUGCUUUUUGGGUGCUGCAUGCAAUGGACGAUGUAAAUGCUAAUGUCUCCACAGGCAAUGGGUAACGGGACAUACCCUCACCCUUGACGGUGGGUCUACAGCGCAGUGA